GGUUGGUCACAAUGAGGGAAAUAAUCGAGUGGAGUGAUGAAAUAAUGGUUUUGGAAUGUAAUUGACCCCUGGGGGUAAAUGGACGGAUAUUAAUUCGGAGGGAUGAUACUUGACAGGGCUACAAUUGUCAAUGAAAACAUAAAGUGUUAUCAGUGGAUUUGCAAUGUAUCCACUGAUUGCAGUGAAGUGACAGUACAAGUGGAGAGAUGAGAAUUCGUCAGUUGGGGUGAGGAGAGAAAAUGCAGGAUAAAUAGUGAGGGAGGAAUCCUGGAUUGGAUGUGGGACUGGGGUGCUAUACGCGCAGCAUCCCUUCGUCAGAAAUCAGUGGAGACUAUGAGAGUGAGUGAGAGAGAGGACGCGGCCAAUAUUCUUUUUUUUUUUAUCACCGGAAGAGGUACAGCGGCGCGAGAGGGAUGAUAAGAGUUGUGUGUUGAUACUGGAGAAUUUGUUCACGAGUUUUUGAUCAAUGGUGGAGCAGGGUUGGGGGAUUUAUUUGAUCAGUAUUUGUUAAUCAACGGUGAGGUUGUGAUACUGAAUAAAUACCUUCUGUGGAUCAAUAAUGGGGAGCUAGGACUCUCGCGGAGUUUGGAUUUUGCUCCAGUGGAUCUCGUUGUUUACGAUAUUAGGAGGUUAAUUGUUCAGAAUAAAUCGAGAAUUUAUUGCCUUUGGACGUGGGACAUUAACUGGUGAUUCAUCAGGACAUCGUGAAUUUUAUGAUACGGAUAAUAAGACACGAUGCCGGGGGAGGGUAUGAGUGAAGAGGGCUUUGUGAGGGUUGAGUGGUUGUUCAGGGAAUUGAGAUCUCAAGAUGGACCUGAGAGGUUACUCAUACUGGACUGCAGAGGUCAUUUGGAAUUUUUAGAGGCUCAUAUCAGGGGCUCUGUACCAUUGGCAAUACCCAGUAUCAUGCUGAGACGUCUUGCUGCUGGCAAAGUUGACUUAUUAGCGACAAUAAGGUGUAUUGAGCUCAGGAACCGGGUUGAGGCGUUUUUGUAUGGGGAUGAUGAUAACCGGGGGACGUUUAUACUCGUUGGAGAUACCACUGAUCCAGCUGGACAUCAGGGGGAGACUAUUCAGGUAUUGAGCAGGCGAUUGAGGAACUGCGGUGGCUGCGUUGCGACACUCAUUGGAGGCUUUGGGACAUUCCGGGACCGAUAUCCAGAAUGGUGCGAAGGUAGUCAGGCGAGUGCUGAGGGACAAACCGGUCAGGAUACAAAUGUUGGAGAACUAAUGGGACUGCGUUCGUUGAGGAUUUCCACACCUCCCACGAGAGCUUAUUCGGACAGUGACAGCGACAGUACUUGUGAUUCUGUUGUAGGUCCAGAUGAGGAUAAAGACUUUCCUGUGGAAAUUCUACCACAUCUAUAUCUCGGCAAUGCUGCGAACAGCGAAGAUCACGAGGCUCUGACACGCCAUCGGAUACAGUACAUACUUAAUGUAACGCCAGACCUGCCAAAUGUGUUUGAGAGUGCGGGGGCAAUAAAAUAUAUGCAGAUACCCAUCAGCGAUCACUGGAGUCAAAAUUUGGCAAGCUUCUUUCCGCAGGCCAUUCAAUUUAUUGAGGAGGCCCGAAACUCGGACAAGGGUAUACUAGUGCAUUGCUUAGCCGGGGUAUCUCGAUCUGUCACCAUAACAAUAGCCUAUCUCAUGCACAAAUGCAAUUUGAGUCUGAACGAUGCGUUUAAUCUCGUACGAAGUAGAAAAUCUAAUGUUGCCCCGAAUUUUCACUUCAUGGAGCAAUUACACAGCUUUGAACGUGAACUGAGAGAUCGUGACGAUCGUAAGCGAAGUAAUCAACGAUGCAUUGGAGCUUGUCAGUCCAGUGGGCCAUGCAAUUGUCCAGCACCGAGUUUCCUGAGUCCACUUGAUCUGGGCCUCAGUCCGGAUUCGGGAAUAGAGUUUGAUAGAUGGGCAGCCAGUACACCAGCUGAAUGAGACGGGCCUGGGGGGACCCAAUAUAAAUUUUAGGUCCCUCCCCCCCUCCUGAUAUUUCGUUAAUUUUUCAUGUAUAGAGAUAACAGGGAAUGCCAGUACUAAUGUUAAUCACUUUACAUGUUUAAUGACAGCGGUUCGCAGGUCGAACAGUUCGAUAUAGAGCGCUACUUUUGAAUUUCAAGUUGUGGAUGUAUAUUUGUCGAGAAUUGUGAACUUGGUAGAUUUUUCAAUCUAGAUUUACUGAAAAUAUUCGAUUUUUUCUAUAUAUUCGACUUUUUUGAAGCUAUUUUUUAAACGUUGCUUCCAUAGUUUUAAAUGUUGUCUGAAUGGUUUGAUAAUGGUUUGUCUGAGGGAAAGUUCCAUUAAUUAAAUGAAUUGGGACAUGACUUGAUUGGUAUUUACACAUGUCACUGGAAUGCAUUUGUAUUUUUAAUAUUGUUUUUCUACUGGACCAAUGGGAUUGAAUCUCAAGGAAGUGAAAUUCCACUGAAGAAGAAUUUUAACUGAAUCGAAAGGGUGAGUUGAAGUAUUCAAUAAUUUAUUUUGACUUACAACAAAAAUGUAUUGAGUACGAAAAUGUAGACAAAAUGGACAGAUUUAUUUUCUUUUUAAAUGUUAAUAACUCAAUGAACUGUGAAAGUACAAUUUUUCCCUCUGUGAUGAGUCGAGAGUGAAUUUUAUUUAUGAAUUUGUUACUGCGUUAUGAACAUUGAAGAAGAAAUCCAUUCGCCCCAGUCUGUCCUGUUUAAUAAAGCUAACGAUUCACCGUCAAUUUUACCACGUGAGAUCCACAGUAAGUUCUGAAGUCACAUAAAAAAACCGCAAAAAUGUAAUUUUUAAAAAACCAAUUAAUUUCAGAACCUCCAAUAGUAAUCUACUAAGUUCACAUGAAAUAAUCUAUACUAAUUCCUGAGGAAAUUCCACUCCUGCCGGUCAGGGGAAAUUUUUUUACAAAAUUACGUUUCUACAUAAACGCCUGUUCCUUAAAAUAAAUUCCUGUCAAUUUGUUAGUUAGUGUGAGACGUUUCGAUGAAUUGAAUCGUUUCGAUAUCAAUCCGCGCUUCUUAUAUAGAACGAGUCGAAGUAACCGUAGCUUCCUGCCUCGUUUUUCCAUUCGCCUUUUCACAUUAUUAUUCGCCAUUUGUUAUUAAAAUUCCUUGUUCUUAUUUCUCUGCAGUAAAAAUCAUGAUGUGCUCCGAAAAUAUUGCUUCAUGAUUUAGGGAGAGAGUAGAUAGGACUGUUAAUACUUCUACGUAAAAUACAGAGAGAUCUAGUGCAAAAAAACUGUCUUCUUUUUAUACAUAUUUUAAUUCAUUUAAUUGAUUAAUUAGAAAUGUUCGAAUUCUUUGUGUCAUCGCAGUAUUGGACUUCUGAAAGUAUUCCAUGAAUUGAUGUGACGUUGAGUGAGUAAAAGUGACGACAAUUGUUUCAUUCUCUGCGAUUAAUUGUAAUACAAUACACAAUUCAACUAGUGGCAUGUUUAUUAUUAUUUUAAUUCUAAGUGAAAUGAAAAAAGGGAAAAAGAUUGAAUGAUUGAAGUGUACGGAGAUAAAUCUAUUGAUUAAAAUAAAGGGAUGAAUAAACUCCUAGUAAUGACUCUAGUAAUGUGUCUGAUAUUUAAUUUAUCCGAUGUUCAAAUGAAUGAUUGAAAAGCAUUACUUAUUUAUGAAAUAUCGGUAUUGUAUGGGUGUGUCAAAUUGUUUAGCAAUUCAUAAAGAUGUCCAUACGUAUUUUUAGAGUAUAAUUUUAUACCUGUUGUAUAGCAUUACUAAAUCACAAUGCUGUAUAUUGUGAAUAAUCGUAUCAUCUUUGAAGACGUCGAUUAUCGGGGCUGUGUUACAUUUCUUCGGUAUGAUCGUCAAUUAUCUAAUGUAAUUAAAGGACAAUUAGAAAAUAUCAAUUCAGAGGAUCAGUUGGGGUAUUCUUUGAGACAUUCUUUGUAGAUAUUCCUUGACAUGGAUUCUCCAAGUAUUUUCCACUCUAUUUUUUCCUUUUUUCAAUACAAUCGAAGACAUUGGAUUAUUCGAACCAAGAAAUUUCUGGAAAAGAAUUCUCACUAUGAAUUUUUUCCCUGCUCUGAAUUGAUAUUGGUUAUUUGGGGUGAACUUAUCAAAUAAAACAAGAUAGAAAAUUCAUUCGACGAGAUAGCAUCAAUAAUCGAUGGAUGUAAUGAAAGAUAAAAAAGCACGAGAAUGACUGAAUGGGCCAUGAUAAAUUAUUACAUCAAUUAUUCAACAAUGAGUGCGGAAAAACCUUUUUUUUAUGGAACGUUCAUCCUGAGCGCUUCAGGGAAAUCACCGGACAGUAUGAAAAUUGAAUUACGCAAUAGCCAAUAAAAUUGUAAAUUUGGAGAGAGAAAUAUCUUUCGCAUGUGAUUUUGAAAAAAAAUGUCUCAAAUAUUGGAAUAUAUAAUGCACUUCGCGUUCGAUAAAAGUAAUGGAUGACACGUGAAAUUAUUCGCGUGUAACUGUUGCUAAUAGAAAGUUAUAUCUUCUUCAUUUGGCUUCCAAAGUGAUGUCAUGGUAUUAAAUAAGUUCUCUGAUGCUGUAGUAAAUCAUGAGUAGAGUUAUGCAUUUUUUUGAAGGGCAUUCCGCCAAUUAUUUCAUCUUCCGAGUAACUGAGAAUAUUUAUUAUUGUGUAUUCUCUUUAUUCUGUACAAAAGGAGUUAGAUUUAUUAACGAAAUGAAACCAAAUUCAUUUUUAUUAAUAGAUAGAUAAGGGCUAGAUUUCCCCAGUAGAAUUUUUUGAUUGGGCGUGUCAUUGGAUUUGUUGCAUACCAUAAUUUACUAAAUUCGAUCAUUAGAACUUUCAUAUGAAAUAAUUUUUUUAAACAGUGGCCAAAAACACGCGCGCUAUUACUAGUUUUUCUAUUGCUUGUUGCAAUUUGCGUUUAUUUUAAAUUAAUGGAACGGAAUUUUUUCUCAUUUAAUUAAAUGUUCAAUAUUUACAUUUCUAUUUCAUUGAGAAAAUCGUAGAAGUAUUAAUGAAUUGAUAUAUCCACUCAAAACUAUUUUCUCCAAUUAAUUAAUUGAAAUCAUCAAAAAAAUUUAGUCGACUUAAUAAAAUUUGGAAAUAUUUUCAUAACUAUCAUACGUUGGCACAACUGUUAUUGUCUUUCACACGAAAAUCGCGUACAUCCAUGUAUUCACCGGUAAAAUACAUAUAUUGUAAAUAUACCAGAUAUGAUGAAUUUACCGAUAAAUAUAUGAAAAUGGUAGAUAUUUCGUCUGAGCGGGCAGAUCUCUACUGAGCGACGAAAUUUUAUUUUUAUAAAUACAAAUAAAAACAGAAGGAAGGAAAUCAAAUGACAUUCCCCCUCACUACGCCGUAAUGGCCUGAAAACCAUAACUAUCUCAAUGUAAUAUGUGUAUCGUCUAUCAAUGAGUAAUUAACAAUUAAUAUGAAUGUAAUGUAAAUGUUAUUUUUCGUAUGAGACUUUUCAUGUCAACAACCAAGACCUAUCCAUCAGGGGUAUUAUUGCCAUGAGUAUUUUUAAGAAACUGGAUGAUUGCUCCAGAAAAAGGAAAUGUUUGAAUUGAUGUGGAAUGUCUCGUAUCGGGAAGUGUGACGGGGCAAAAUGGAUCGUAUUCAAUCGCCGAUUAUUUCCGUGAUUUUCAGUCUUCUUACAGUGCCAGUAAAAAAAAUUUAAUGGCAUACUAAAUUACAUCGCUACACUAUUUUCACUAUCAAAAUUGUGGUCCUCAUAUUCUGAUUUCAGAAUAUAAAUAUUGGAGUCAGUGGUGGAGCAGUAAAAUAACUUAAAAUAGUGUAAACUUAACUGACAGUUAGAAGAUGAAAAUUGAAAAUAUAUUCUGAAUGAAAGUUGAUA